GGAGCGCGGAGCAGGUGAGGCUGCGCUAACGCUGUAGAAACACUAUGGCAAAAGACAGCGCAGUUGACUACGAUAGAAAUCUAUCGACAGCCCCGUUAGUGUCGGUUCUGCAACUGCCUCAGGUCCCUCCACUCGAGAAGUGAAACACCCGUGUUUGAGAAAUAACUAGUCGUUUCGGCCAUGGCGAACAAUAGGUUGUUUAGAAGAGUAUGAGUACAAGAAAAACUAUUCCGUCACGCUCAGGAGGGGCGGGUAAGGGUGGCGGAGAAGACCCCGGGAAGUCGCCCGAGCAGGAAGAGGGGGCGCAGCCCCCGGUUCUGCACGGAGCGGGCCAUUGCAAAUGGUUCAAUGUGCGGAUGGGGUUCGGAUUUAUAUCAAUGACCAGCCGCGGGGGAAGUCCGGUGGAUCCCCCUUUGGAUGUGUUCGUACACCAAAGCAAGCUUUUCAUGGAGGGGUUCCGCAGUCUGAAAGAGGGGGAGCCCGUGGAGUUCACCUUUAAGAAGUCCUCCAAGGGCCUGGAGUCACUUCGGGUAACGGGCCCCGGGGGCGGACCCUGCGCAGGGAGUGAGAGGAGACCUAAAGGGAAGACCAUGUUGCAGAAACGAAAACCAAAGGGAGACCGAUGCUACAACUGUGGCGGCCUGGACCACCAUGCCAAGGAGUGCAGCCUACCACCGCAGCCAAAGAAAUGCCAUUACUGCCAGAGUAUUGCCCACAUGGUGGCGCACUGCCCCCACAAGACUCUCACCCCCCCUCCACCCUCCACCAGCUCUCAGGGAAGAUUAGGCACAGACCUGCAGGCCUCUACCUCCGCUGCUGCCCUCCCCCCGUACCCCCAAGAAUCCGGGGACGGGCAUGGACGCUCAUCACAGGAAGUCUCUCCGAACAGCAAGGCGUCCGGCUCCCCCGAAGAUCCCGCACGGAAAGGGCCCUCGGUCCAGAAGAGGAAAAAGACCUGAUCGCCUGAAUCCCACCCCCCUUCCCCCACCCAAAAUAAUCACCUCACGCCUGUCUGUCCCUACCUGGCACCCAGCAUCUACCUCAUACUCACGCAAGUACAGGGUGAAGAGUCACCCCAUUAUGUGCAGCUACAGCUCUCCGCUCCAACACAAAGAAGCUCGACACCGACUACUGUCUUAAAGACUGUGAAUUUGUCUGAAAGAAUCCAGGCAGUCACCGCAAAAAGCUUCCUCGAGGAUUUAGACGCACAACGAUAUUGUUCUUUUCUUUUUGCCUUUUUUGUUGUUUCUUUUUUUUUUGUGUUUGUUUUUAACGUGUACCUCAUCAUGGAUUCAGCCAUGUCACCUUCACCCCACUGGUUUUGCAUUCCAAACGAUCCCAACGUUAAUUGCUUUCCAAACGAGCCCGUUUCCAUGCUCUAAUGGACAAUUAUUUUUUUAAACUUUAGUUUUUUUUUAUACUGGUCAUUUCAGGCCUUCCCUCUUUGUAGGGCUAACCCAAUCAGAAAAAAAAAACCAAAGGAUACUUUGUAUUUGGUACCUUCAUCGCGUGUGGGGAGGACAAGCUGUGUGUGCCCUAAUGACGGCAAUGCCUCCUCCCAGCUUGGAUCCCCCUUCAGACACCCAGAAAACUCUCCCAGAUCGCUCCGAUGGAAUCCAUGCGCACAAGAGAGCCCUGCUUGCUGGGUUUCAUGAGUAAUCUGUCAAACUUAAACUCUAAUACUGAGGUUGGGUGUUCGAACAAUGUUUGAGCAUGCUUGUACUGGAAGCUCAAGUCUGAUCCUGUUGCAAAUACAAACACAGCGAGCAAGAGAUUGGGACCAUCCACCCACCCUUCCCCACAGAAAGACCCCAUUCUGUCAGAAUGGAAGUUUACACCUAGCUUGUGUUAUCCUAGUUAACCAGUAAUUAUCAGUGUAAAACAACUAAUAUUUGUGGCUAGUUUGAUUUGAACUGCAAAAAGGAAAAAAAGCCCUUUUUAUUAAUAUAGACACCAUGGGUGAUUGGCUGUUAAGUAAAACUGUGUUGCAGUUGUAAAUAAUUAAUUUAAUUUCUGAAUAUAUGUAUAUUAAUAUAUCUACAAAAGUACCUUUAAUUUUUAAGCAUAUCAGAUGUACCAAUAUUUACAUUUCUGUAUUAGAGGGAGCAUGGUUUGACGUGCCAGAAUUCCAUCGUCAGUAAGCAAAGUUUUGCCAGUGCACAUUUUACCUCAGUUUUACCUACCUACAGCAUAUUUACCUCUUUUACAUGCCUUAAGCACAUCCUUACCUUUCACUCGGUCCAGCCUUGUUACAGCACAUCUGGGCCCGUCACCUCAAUCCCCACCACACCUUUCUGACCGUACUACACAUUUAUCUUAGUUUUACUUGCCGACAGCACACUUUCACCUGUUUGCCAGGAAAAUGAAAUGCUGCUGCUUGUGUUUUCAACAGUAAAGAUUUGUGGAAAUGAGGAAUAACAAGGGUGUAGGUUCAUGUAGGAUGACACUUGAAUUCUCUUAAGGUUUUCUCAAUAGCUUACCAAUGAUGUAAGAACUCUGCUCUGACGAUAUUGAAUGUGAAACUUAUCGUAUCGAAAAGUGAGUCAUCACAAUAUCAGAAGAUGGACCGCUUUUUUGAAAAAACUAAUGUGUGUUGACAAAUCAAAUGACUUCUUAUAUUAUAAUGUGAUUGAAAAGACGACCAAUUAUUUUUGGUAUAAGACUUGCAGUUCAGUUUUGAGAUUCUAUACCAAAGUUUAUUGGCUUUGUUGAAGGAAUGAAGUAUAUGGUAAUCCCUGUUACUCACAAAAGACAGAAUGCAGAAUGUUCAACACUGAGAUUUUUUGUAAUGCAGCUGUUGAAUGUGUGUGUGUAAGCGUUGUGCAUGCUUGUGUGUGUGUGUGUGUGUGUGUGUGUGUGUGUGUGUGUGUGUGUGUGUGUGUGUGUAAGCAUUGUGCAUGCUUGUGUGUGUGUGUGUGUGUGUGUGUGUGUUUGUAAGCGUUGUAUUCAAUCCACAAGUGUACAACAAAAUCACACAAAUGACAGCACAAACCAAACACAAUCCCUGACUGUGGCUUAGACAUUUUUGUAUGAUGUAUUUUUAUCCACAAUGCAUCUCAGGAUGAACUAUUCUCAGGGAAUUUACCAAAAAAGUGUACUUUUUUCUUUUGGGAAUCGUCUGCAUACAAGCUCUAUGUACUCAAACAAAACAUAGAAUUAGUUUUUAUCUAUAUAUGUUUAUGUACUGAUAUUAGUAACUACCUCUGAGUUAUAGAUAGUCAUACAUGAUAAUCAGAUGACUUUUUUUGUAUUUUAUUUCCUAUAAGAUUAACUGUAGAGAGUGGUAUUGUACCAGGCCUGCGUGCUUGAUAUCAGGGUCCCAGCUCCCCUGGUGUCUGUGCGGGUUUGAGAGAUUUGAUGACAAUAAUCUGUAUUUUUUUUCUGUUUACAACAAAAGCCUACCUCAUUUUUCUGUUCCGCUGUGUCCCAAUUCACCAGGCCCCCAGGGGCUCGUUGGUUCAGCCCGAUGUGUUUAUCAUGAGUGGAGUCUCCUUUCAAACUGUCGUUUCCCCUGACAACAACGGCCGUCAUCCUGUUGUUGUUUAACACUGAUGCCUGUUGUCAUGGCUACUCACUGAG